AUGACGAGACUGCUUCUGCUCACCCACUCCCCGUAUCCACUUCCCCCGACCCCCCGUCUCCGCGUGUCCCCCUCGCAUCUGUUUCAGUCCGCCGGGAUACUACCUGCGGGAGGCACCUGUGGAGGGCGUCACCUCGUGGCACAUCCACUUUCCGGGUGGCGGGUGGUGCGCCACCAAGAGCCAGUGCGGCUGGCGGGCCGGGCGGCUGCUGGGCGGCACCACCAGGCCUCGUGGGCGCAGGGUAGGUUUGGGGGCAUCCUGAGCAGCAACGAGGGGGCAAACCCGUUCUUUGCGGGGUGGCACCUGACCAUGCCUGUCUACUGCGAUGGGGGCGGCUACGCGGGGUCGGCUGGGCGCGUGGCUGUGGGGGAGGGGCGCUUCGUGUACAUGGAUGGCAGCAGGAUCGUCAGCGCAAUCAUGGAUGACCUGCUGGCGAAUCGAGCAAUCGCAAGGGCAACCGAGGUGCUGGUGUCGGGGACGUCAGCGGGGGGGUUGGCAGUGAUGCGCCUCUGUGACUCCCUCGCUGCACUGCUGCCCCGCGCCACCGUCAAAUGCCUCCUCGAUGGCUCCUUCUUCCCCGACGCCCCGGACCGCACGGGGCGAAUGCACUUUCAGAGCCUGGCCCAACAGGUCUCAGCGCUGCACCGAUUCUCCCCGCAGUCCCGCUGCGAUCAGGUGACCCUUCCAUCUGAGCGGUGGCGAUGCUUCUUUCCCCAAUACGCCCUCCUUUUCGCCUCCUCUCCCUUCUUUAUCGUGAACCCUGCCUUCGAUAGAGUCGCGUUACUGAUUGGUAACCAGCUUCCCAACACCACCAAUCCUUCCCCGGAGAAUAAUGUGAUUCUUGAGGAAUCUCAAAACUCUUUCCCCUCCCUCUCCUCCCGUUCCCUCCCCAUCCUCCUCACCCCCUACUCUCAUGCUCCCCCACACGUUGUCCCAUCCGCCGGGGUACUACCUGCGGGAGGCGCCUUGGAAGGGCGCCACACCCCGUGGGUGUCACUCCUAUUCCACUUCCCCCUUCUCCGCUUGACCCCCCCCCCCCCUCCUCGCAUCUAUCCCAGUCCGCCGGGGUACUACCUGCGGGAGGCACCUUGGAAGGGCGGCACGUGGGCGCAGGGUCAAUUCAUGGGCAUUCUGAGCAGCAACGAGGAGGCAAACCCGUUCUUUGCGGGGUGGCGCCUGGCCAUGGCUGUCUACUGCGAUGGGGGCGGCUAUGCGGGGCAGCCGGGCGCGUGCCCGUGGGGGAGGGGCGCUUCGUAUACAUGGAUGGGAGCAGGAUCGUCAGCGCUAUCAUGGAUGCAAUGGCUGGCGCUCCAAUCACAUGGCAUUCCCGACCUAGUUACAUAUCUCUCCGCCUUAGCCCACAGUGACGGAGUUACGUGUCCAUGCUGUGACCUCUCCGCCCUUCUCGGGUCCUCUGUGUUCCCUCCUCGUGCCUCCUCUCUGCCUGUCCCUACUCAUCCCUCCUCUGCGACCUCACCAGACCUGCUUGAAAACCGAGCGAUAGCGAGGGCGACCACAGUGCUGGUGUCGGGGACGUCAGCGGGGGGGCUGGCAGUGAUGCGCCUCUGUGACUCCCUCGCUGCACUGCUGCCCCGCGCCACCGUCAAAUGCCUCCUCGAUGGCUCCUUCUUCCCCGGUACGCGCACCUUCUCCUUCUUCCCCGGUAGGUGGUGCCGCCCCUUCUCUUUCUUCCCCGACGCCCCGGACCGCACGGGGCGAAUGCACUUCCAGAGCCUGGCCCAGCAGGUCUCAGCGCUGCACCAGUUCUCCCCGCAGUCCCGCUGCGAUCAAGUGACCCCUGCGUCUGAGCGGUGGCGAUGCUUCUUUCCCCAAUACGCCCUUCCCUUCGCCUCUUCCCCCUUCUUCAUUCUAAACACCGUCUUUGAUGACGUAUCUCUCCUCAUUGGUAGCUGUAGCUCGAUGGGUGGCCCAAGAGAUGAAUGA